GCGGAGGGCUGCGGUGGCCUACGCCUCCCAGAAACCAUGGCUGCUGAACGCCACCGUGGAGGAGAACAUCACCUUCCAGAGUCCCUUCAAUAAACAGAAAUAUAAGUCUGUCAUUGACGCUUGUUCCCUGCAACCGGACAUGGAGAUCCUGCCACACGGAGACCAGACGCAGAUUGGGGAGCGGGGUAUAAACCUGUCCGGGGGUCAGCGCCAGCGAAUCAGUGUGGCCCGAGCUCUGUACCAGCAGACCAACGUUGUGUUCUUGGAUGACCCGUUCUCUGCUCUGGACAUUCACCUGAGUGACCACCUGAUGCAGGAAGGGAUACUGAAGAUGCUGCGAGACAACAAGAGAACGACUGUUCUGGUCACACACAAGCUGCAGUACCUCAUUCAUGCUGACUGGAUUAUCGCCAUGAAGGACGGGACAACCCAGAGAGAGGGGACCCUGAAGGACAUCCAGAAUUCUGACCCUGAGCUCUAUGAACAUUGGAAGACAUUGAUGAACCGGCAGGACCAGGAGCUGGAGAAGGAGAUCAUAGAGCAGAAGACGCCGGCGGAGAGGAAGAGAGCCGUGUGCUCCCGGGAAAUGCUGGGAGACGAUGAGGAGGAUGAAGAGGAGUUGUCAGAGAGUGAGGAUGAUGAUGACAAUCUCUCGUCGGUUCUACAUCAGAGGGCGAAGAUGCCGUGGAGGGCGUGUGGGAAAUAUCUGAGUUCAGCCGGAAUUCUCCUCCUUCCCGUCCUCGUCUUCUCACAGCUACUCAAACACUCUCUGCUGGUCGCCAUCGAUUUCUGGCUGGCCAAGUGGACCUGGGACGCCAUUUCCAAUAUGUCAGCGACCAGCUGUCCCGGGGGCCAGAGUUGCGGCUUUGACCAUUCUCCGUACUCCAUGGUGUUCAGUGUCCUGUCCUGCCUGGCCAUUAUCAUGUGUCUGUGCACCUCCAUAGCAAUAGAAUGGACGGGACUGCGAGUCGCCAAGAAACUGCACAACAGUCUGCUAAAUGCCAUCAUCCUGGCACCGAUGAGGUUCUUCGAGACGACACCACUGGGAAGUAUUCUGAACAGAUUCUCAGCUGACUUCAACACAAUAGAUCAGCACAUCCCGACCACCCUGGAAUGUCUGAGCCGCUCCACCUUACUCUGCAUCUCCGCCCUGGCCGUCAUCUCCUACGUCACCCCGAUCUUCAUCAUCUCUCUGCUCCCUCUGGCCAUCACCUGCUACUUCAUCCAGAAGUAUUUCCGAGUCGCCUCCAGGGACCUCCAGCAGUUGGAGGACAGCACGCAGCUCCCCCUGCUGGCGCACUUCUCUGAGACGGUGGAGGGACUGACCACUAUACGGGCGUUCAGAUACGAGUCCAGGUUUCAGCAGAAGCUUCUAGAACUCACCGACUCCAACAACAUUGCGUCCCUCUUCCUGACUGCCGCCAAUCGCUGGCUAGAAGUGCGCAUGGAAUAUAUCGGCGCCUGCGUUGUCCUGGUAGCGGCCGUGGCCUCCAUCACCUAUCGUCUGCAGAACAACCUCACCACGGGAUUGGUCGGCCUGGGGCUCAUAUACGCCCUGAUGGUCUCCAACUACCUGAACUGGAUGGUGCGGAAUCUGUCGGACAUGGAGAUCCAACUGGGCGCCAUCAAGAGGAUCCACGGCCUGCUGAAGACCGAGCCCGAGAACUACAGCGGCCUCCUGUCCCCCUCGCAGAUCCCACAGAACUGGCCGGACUGCGGCGAGAUCCAAAUCCAGAACCUGAGCGUGCGCUACGACAGCUCGCUGAAACCCGUCCUGAAACAUGUCAACGCGCACAUCACGCCGGGACAGAAGAUCGGGAUUUGCGGGAGAACCGGCAGCGGCAAAUCGUCCUUCUCGUUGGCGUUCUUCAGAAUGGUGGACAUGUUCCAAGGGAGGAUCAUCAUCGACGGCAUCGAUAUCGCCAAACUGCCGCUGCAAACGCUGAGAUCCCGCCUCUCAAUCAUCCUGCAGGACCCCUUCCUGUUCAGUGGCACCAUCAGGUAG